AUGAUGCAGCCACAGCAACAAUCACAGGGAGCUGUUGCUCCUCAGCCUCAGUUGCAACAACAACAACAACAACAACAGCAGCCAGAUACACAAAUACUUCAAAUACAUCCACAACAACAACAACUACAACAACAAACAAUGAUGCCAACAUUGGUAGAGCUAUGCUUUAUAUCAAUCAUGGAGAAGAUGGAGUAUAAUAAUGAGGACUUGCAGCGUAUUCCACUUAACUUGAUCGAGAAGUUGAUCAGCUUCAUGGUGUCGCGAUUACAUCCCAAUGAUGUGUCAUCUGGCGUUCAGACACGUCCCAUCAAGAUCAGACUUGUGCGACAGAAUCGCUGCAUUACCAUGCGCUUCUCAAUCUACUCCAAGAUCGAUCACGUCAUUCAUCAGAUCUAUCAACGCGUCGUCAACGAAGAGAAGCGAGACUUUAUGGAAAAGUCAUCACAGAGGCGGCGGUCCAUCAGUCCCAACACAACAUCCGAACAACAUAUUGUUGGUGCUGCUGGUGGUAUUGGCGCGACUGGAGGUAUUGGCGCAACUGGCGGUGCUGGCGUUACUGCCGCGGCGAUGGUGUUCCCAACAGCGACCACGACUACAACGACCACAACCUCAACAUCAACAACUACAACAGCGAACAACAAUAACAACAAUAACAUUGGAUACCAAGAUGAUGACCUGAUCGAUGAGUUCAACGACAUUGAGAACUAUAACCCAGCGGGAUUCAGUUCCUCUUGGGGCGACAUUGAUCGCUACGGACUCUUCCAGCAGAGCGGCCAGUUUAGAAACGCGCGCUGGCUGAAGCUGGACCGCACACUGGCCGACUACGACAUCGACCCUAACGAGACGCUGGAGUUCAAGAACACGAUGCGCACGCUCAAGAUCAAGUUCUACGGGCCGUGGGAGCGUGUCGUCCACCCGCUGCACCAGAGCAGCAUGCUGCUCGACGAGACCGUCAAGACGUUCAUCGUCGACGAGUCCAAGACCGUGGCCGAGAUUUCGAGCGACCUGGCCAACAAGCUCAGUCUGCGCUACCCCGACGAGUUCAGUCUGAAGCUCGAGACGGAGCGCGAGGAGGUCGGCCGCUGGCUCGCCUCGGACGUCACCAUCCCCGAGCAGGGCAUCGACCCGCUCUACGCCACGUUCUUCCUGAAGCGCCAGUUCUGCUUCUCGGGCGACAUCAUCAUCGACUUCUCCAUGAACCCCGACAUGCUGCACUUUGUCUUUUGCCAAUGCUUUGACGCGAUACUCGACGGCUCGCACCCAUGCUCGCAGGCCGAGUCGGUGCUGUUUGCCGCACUUCAAUGUCAGAUCUGUUUCGGCGACUACAAUCAACGUGAGUUCCAGCUCGACUCGAUCAAGCUACGCGACUUCCUGCCCGCGGACUACGCGCCCUCAUCAUCGUCGUCGACGUCGCUGCGCAGCACACAGCGCGAGAUUGUCGCUCAAUACCAGAAGCUGGCGGGCAUGACCGAGCAGAAGGCAAAGCUAAACUACAUCCAGUUGGCCAAGUCGCUCAAGACCUAUGGCUACACAUUCUUCAAGGUGACGAUGUGCACGGACAGCUUCCUGUUUGGCAUCUCUGCCGAGACCAUCCUCAUCCUGAACCCAUUCACCAAGUCGUCGGUGCACCUGUACGCACUGCCCAGCGUCAAGAAGUGGCAGGUGCUCAACAACAUGUUCACGAUUGAGUUUGAUCGCAACAUGACAUUCACGACGCCCGAGGCCGAGGCCAUCUCCUACGUGCUCUCAUCAUACAUCCAUCACAAUCUGCGCAACAUGCCGGUCAUCCAGAAGCAAUGGGACAGGGACUACAGCACCGUGGCCAAGAUAUCAUCGCGGCGCAGGCUGUCUGCCUGCUCCACAUCGUCAUUGGAGGAUGGCAAGAUAUCAAAGUCAUCACUCAUUGGCGGUGGCUUGCUGUCAUCUUCGUCCACAAACACAAAGAAGUGUCCACUGUAUAUUGAACCAAAGAAGAUGUACAUCAAUCCACUGUAUACACUGGUCAACGAAGACAAUCCAAUGCUCUCAAAGAAGGAGUUAUACAAGGACAACAAAGUGACCAAGGUCAUGCGAGUGCUCACCGAUCUCUCAUCCAAGAUGAUGCAAUCAUUCUCCAAAGACCCCAUCGUACAGGAGCGUGAGAUCAUUGUUAAGUUCUCGGACAAGAAGGUUAAGAAGUUCAUUGUCGACGAGAAGAAGACGGUGGCAGAGAUCACACAAGAGAUUGGAAUGAGGGUGGGCAUUAGGAAUACAGAGGACUUCUCAUUGCAGGUGCAGACGAUCAAUCCAAACGACCCAGUUUCUUCGGCUUCGAACCAGAACGAUGAGUUUAUGGGCGGCAAUGGCACUUGGCUGCGCCCAUACGUCGCGCUCUCCCAACAACACGUGCACCGCGACGCCAAACUAUUGUUCAAGAAGAAGUUCUACGCGCAUGACACUGCCUCGGACGACUGUCAGAACGACCCAGUCUACUUCAACCUGCUUUUCUUCCAAUCACGCGACGCCAUCAUCUCCAACACGUACGCGGCUUCCAUGGAGGAGUCGAUACAGCUGGCGGCCACACUGUUCCAGAUCAACUUUGGCGAUCACAAUCCCACCAUACACAAGGCCGGCUUCCUCAAGCAGCAGGACCUCAAGUUCUUUUUGCCGGCCGACUGUCUGGAGCUGUGGGGCAUGUCGUUCCAAAAGAUCGAGAAGCACAUCUACAAGGAGCAUCGCAAUCUGCGCGGCAUCAAAGAGGUCUAUGCCAAGUUCCGCUACGUGCAACUAUGUCGCUCGCUCAAGACCUUUGGUGCAACAUUCUUCACAGUCAAACAGAAGGACAAGAAUCACAACCCAUUCGUCACGCCCAAUCACAACUCAUUGCUCUCAUCCAACAACAGCUCCUUGCUACUAGGCUUCUCUCGCAAGUGUAUAUUAAUAAUGAUCGCAAAGAACAGGAAACUGUUGCUGGAGUUCCCUUUGACACAACUUAGAAAGUGGUCAUACUCCAAGGAGCAGCAGAGCCUUUCACUGGACUUUGGCGACUAUUCACAGGGUAUAUUCGUGUUCCACACGCCAGAGUCUGAGCAGAUAUCGAUGUAUCUCAGCGACUACAUCGACUACCUGCAGACCAAGAUCGUUGGCAGUCAAUCCUUCUCAAGAAUGAUUCUUGGAGAGUCAUCUUGA